UAGCUCAGUGGUUGACAACGGGGCCUGAAGCUGUGUGACAACAAGGGCUUUUGGACUGUCAUAUGUUGGCUUUCAAAACAACAUUUUACGUUGUUUGGAUUCAUAUGUAAGACAGGUCAGACAAAUGAAGUGACAAGCAGGAUAUGAUGUCCUCCUUCCAGGUGGUGGGCUCUUCGCCCAGCAGUGGCAUCGGUGUCAUGGAAACAUCAAACUUUGCCCAUGUCAUCUUCCAGAACGUUAGGAAGAGCUUCCUGCCCCAGGAGGCACUGGAGUGUCGCUACACCCUCACCUCCUACAUCACCCCCAACCCCAAAGACUGGGUGGGCAUCUUUAAGGUGGGUUGGAACACAGCAAGGGAUUACUACACGUUCCUGUGGUCUCCCAUGCCGGAAAACUACCAACCUGGAAGCACCGUACACAGGGCUGUGGUGUUCCAAGGGUACUAUGUUCCCAAGAGUGACGGGGAGUUCUAUCAGCUCUGUUACGUCACACACACGGGUGACAUCAGAGGCGCCAGCACGCCUUUCCUGUUUCGCCCGGCCACCACCGAGGACUGUCUCACCAUUACCGAGGACGACAGCAACUCGGACAUACUGGUGGUGACCACCAAGAGCAGCGUGCUGGAGCAGCGUGUAGAGGAGGCGCAGCAGGAGCGCAGGGAGCUGUUGAAGAGAAUGCAUCACCUUCAGGAGGAGAAACAGCAGCUGCAGGAGGAGCACAGGAGGCUGCACAGAGAGAGGGAGCAGGAGAGGGAGACCUGCUACCUGCUACGCACACACAACCAGGAGCUGCUGCGCUCCUCCCAGGGCCUGUCAGAGGAGAGGGAGGAGGUGAGGAGGAGGCUGCAGGAGGCCACAGACAGGGUCAAACAACUGGAGGAGGACCUACUGGGAGUCACACAGAAAGGACUGCAGAAAGAGACUGAAUUGGACUGUCUGAGAGACAGGUUGAAGAAGCUGACAGCAGAGAGAGACAGUCUGGAAACUCAACUGAAGAAUGAGAAGGACGAGAGGGACCUCUACAAGGCCCACCUGCGCAGCACGGAGCUGGAGAACACUAAGCUGAGUGCAGAGCUGCAGAUGCUGAAGGCUGUGGAACUCAACAGAGAGGUGACUAUCGCUCAGUUCCAGGAAGAACUGGACAGGCUCCGAGUCUGCGUCACUCAGAAGGACCGCCUGGAGAAAGAGCUGCACACACACGCUGUCGACAAGGCUGAGAUGGGUCGUCUGAGGGAGCAGCUUCGCCAGUGCGAGGAGCAGCUCCAGGCUUCUCGCCAGCAGGCCGCCAUGUUGGCGUCGGAACUCCGUGACUCAACGAGCGCCCGCGAUCGCACCAUGACCGAGCUGUACCGCGCCCGCCUAGAGGCUGACGCCCUCCGCGCCAGUCUGGCCGAUGCCCAGGCCGAGUGCCGGCGAAUGGAGACGCAGCUGGACCGCAUGAGGACCACCUCCCAGCAGGAAGUGGGUGUGGGGACCUCCAGUGAGGGGGGGUGUGUGGUAUCUGAGGCGGAGGCUGAGCUACAGAGAGAGGUGGAGGAGCUGAAGCUGCGUCUCCACAUGGCCGCUGAGCACUACAAGGAGAAGUACAGGGAGUGUCAGCGGCUCCGCAAGCAGGUGGCCAAGCUCAGCGAGGCCCAGGGGGAGUCAAAGAGAAACGCUGCCACUGAGACGACCCAGGAGCCACUGACACCCAGUCCAGAGUCACCUAGAGCAGGCAAUCUGUCUGCAACUGUGCUGAGAGGAGACACUGAGAGGCCUGUUGUCCCUAACCGGCGUGACAAAAACAGGGAACACACACACACCGACGCACACACCAACACAUUCUCAGGCAUGGAGACCAUGAGAGCUGGGGAGAAAGAGUGGACGGGGAUAAAUGGGGAAGAGAUAGAAAAGGAAGUGAGGGGAGGGGAGAAAGAGAAAGAAGAGGAGAGGAAGGUGGAGGAGGUAGAGGGGGAUGAGGGGAGGAGUGCGGAGGAGGUAGAGAAAGAACAGACUCGUUCGGUGGAGGAGGAGCUGGCGAGGAUGGAGGAGAAGUGGGCGGAGCAGUGUGCUAUCAACGAGACACUUAAACAGAGACUGGCCAAUGAGGAGGAGCGAUUCAGGAUCCAGAUGGUAGAGAGGGUCAUGGAGGUGACAGAGCUGAAGGAGAGUCUGGCUCAGGCCCUCAGAGAGAAGAACCAACUCAAGGAGGAGCUGCAGCGGUGUCAUGGCCGACAGAGGGAUCAGGAGGCUGAUGGUCAGGGGUCAGAGGUCAAACAGCCUGUGGUGCUGCGCUACCCCCUGCCCUACCCCCAGGACCCCUCCCCACCCCCCCUGGUACCCCAGAGACCUGCAGAGCUGCAGUACGGGAACCCCUAUUCCACCGACAACACACGAGACGGGGCAGAUGGUGCCCUGUCCCCGGAGCAGAUGCUGCGCCCCCCUCCCGAGGCUCCUGGUGCGUGCGCCCCUCCGGCCACCCCCCCGACCCCGUGUGCAGGUGCAGACUGGGAUAGAGAGGUGGUCUGCAUCCAGCCGUCCUCCUCACGAAGCAUGAGCCCCCCCGACGGACUGGAACACUCCCCCGAGGAGCCACGCAACGUCGGUGAUGGGGAGCAGCCUGCCUGCAAUCAUCAGGCCAGCAGCAGACUUACCGCCAACAGGGGCAGCUUCUGUUUCGACCCCAGUGGUGAGGUCCACAAACGCUGUCCGUUGUGCGAGGUGAUCUUCCCGCCCCACUUUGAGCAGCGUAGCUUUGAGCAGCAUGUGGAGAGCCACUGGAAGGUGUGUCCCGUGUGCUCUGAGCAGUUCCCCCUUGACUGCCAUCAGCAGCUCUUCGAGAAGCACGUGCUCACACACUUUGACGGCCAUGUGCUGAACUUCGACAACAUGGAGUAGCGGGGAGGUUGGGGGAGUGUGUGUGUGUAAAAGGGAAGGUUGGAUUGGAUUAAGGGAUGUAAAAAAUAAUAAUAAAGGAACAUAUGCUCAAAUCGGGGUUGGGGAUGAUUUCAUUCAAAUUUAACUCGGACCAAGAAGGGAGAUUCCAAAUCAUCCAAUUCAAGAUGUGAAAGAUAAUUGGGGGUAAAUUGCACUUUUAAUGUUCUGAAUUGAAAUAUAAUUAACUCCAGCCCUGGCCUCACACACUUCCAGGAGAACAUGCUACCUUUCAAAAACA